AUGGUGACAUUUUUGAUAAAGGCCUUGUCCAAUGUCUCUUCCUGGAACAUAAGCAACGCUGGGGUGGAUCAAGAGCUACUGUCUGACAGAUGGUGGUGGCCUGGAAAAGACCAUGCUCUUAAAGUUGGAAUCAUCACAAUCCUAGGUUUCCUGAUCAUCUUGGGAAAUUCAUUUGUAUUGAUUGUUAUUGCCUCAUCCGUGUCCGGUUGGUCACGCAAUAGUCGCUACAUUCUCAUUUCUCUGACUGGUACAGACGUCAUGCUAGCCCUGAUUGUAGUACCUCUAAAUUUGUAUGGAAGCUUAACCUUAGAACCUGGGGCAUAUGAUGAUGGGGAGUCACCAAUUGGACCAUACUGUCACAUUGUGGCUUUUAUCAACUCUUCAGUGUUUGCCUCUUCUAUAUAUUCUUUGGCUACCAUCAGCCUGGAGCGUUAUGUUGCUGUAUUCUUUCCACUGCACUACAACAGAGUAAUGAGCCGACAUCGGGUCAAGUUGCUUAUUGCUGCAGCCUGGUUGCUGCCACCUGUUUUUCUCUUACCAAUCUCUAUCCCUGGUGGGAGAAUAAUACAAGUCUAUUUUUCUCGGGCCUCACUUAUUUGUAAUCCAGACUAUGCUAGUAAUGUGGUUUACUCCCUUUUUCUAACAGUUGUAAUAUUUUUUCCAUGCUCCGCUAUAGUGACUUUUGCCAACCUGAGGCUUUGGCUGGUGGCAAGAAAGCAGAGCAGGCGAAUGAGUAUAGGCUGGACAGGGAGAAGCCCACCCUUGGACCUACCAACAGUAUGUAGCAGAGUACCAGAAACUAGAAUUGCUACAAUCAAUGAAAACCUUUGUCCAACCACGGAAAUUGGAGACAAAGGCCUGCGAAGGGGAGAUGCUGCAUCAAGAGUGCUGGUUCCUGUGGUGAUUGUCUUUUACAUGUGCUGGACACCAUGUAUGGUCACCAUUUUAUACAAUGGUGAGACAAUUCAAUAUCUUUUUCACUUCUGGUCUGUGCAAGUGUUUUAUGUAGUCACGUGGGUCUAUAAAGUUUAUUGAGCUUUGAAAAUAAUUCUAACAUUCUAUUCUGAAGCUGUAUAUUCUAUUUUAUUUAGAUCUCAAAGCACUGUAUGUCCCUGCAGGCUUUUUAAUCUAAACAUUGCCAUUCAAUAGAAAAGGUAGUGUUUACAUUACUGCCUUGGGACACCUCCAGUGGCAGUCACUUGGACACCACUAGAGCUGCUUCCUGGGUCAGUGCUACAUGGAGGCGCUGAACUCUGAUUGGCCAGCACAGUGUUUGGCUUUGUCACCCACCCUACCUCCUUGGCUGUGAUCGUCCGAACUGACUAUCUCAACCAAUCCAAUGCUUUACUACGGGAACUGGGUGGUGGCAGAGCCAAAUGCUGACAGGCCCACACAGAGCUGGAAUAAAGGUGAGUUUUUAUCCUAUUUAAAGGGGGCGUAUUCCUAACCCUAUAGUGUUUAACCCACCAUUUAGGUGGCUUAACUCCCUUAAGAGGAAAUAAAACUCACCUUAUUUCCAAUGCUGCGCGUGUUCCAUGGUGAAAGCAUUGGAAUGGCUAAAAUCGGCAAGGGGCGGGGCCAAAUGCCAUAUUGGCCAAUCAGCAACUCCUCAUAGAGAUGCAUUGGAAACGAUGCAUCUCUGAGGAAAAUUAGGCAUCCCCAUGCAGAGUGUGGAGACUCUGAACGGCUACUGCGUAACACUGAGCCAGGAAGCCCCUCCAGUGGCCAUCUGAGGAGUGGUCACUUGGAGGUGUCCCUUGGGGCAAUGUAAACACUGCCUUUUCUAUGAAAAGGCAGUGUUUGCAUAAAAAUGCCUGAAGGCAAUGAUUAUACUCACCAGAACUAUAUUGAGCUAUAGUUGUUCUGGUGACUAUAGUGUCCCUUUAAAGUCCACUGUGUGUUUUUAUUCAGUGGCAUUGUUGGAGAGUUGCAAAGGAAUUUGCAAGUUCUUGGCUAAACUGGAAAAAACACUUUUUUAUUUUUAAUCACUGCUUAGUAGAUAUAACCACUGAAGGAAAAAUGAAUGUUUUUAAUUAUGUAUUUUUAUCAUUGGGUGAGUUACAACUUUAUGCAGAAGCUGGAGAUCUCUUAUCUGUAUUCUUUGCAAGCCCUCCCCUCCUCACCCAGCCCAUACUUUUUGUGGCUGUCCAAUCACACACUUUCCAAUGCUUAAAGAGAAGUUCUCUUGGUGCUCUGGGCAAUUGCUGCCUCUUCUUGGGAUUAGUUCCAAUGUUUGUCUGACUGUCAGGGGCGUGUAACCAGGUUAAUUUCUAUUGAAAUCUGUACUUUCUGUAAAAUGAUUAAAAAAAAUAAGCCAAAUGUUUUUAGAGGUCUGGAGUGUCCCUAUAACUAUUUUUAUAGCUUGGAUAUUUUGGCCUAGAAUUUCAGUCCCCAUAUUAGUGAAAUAUCACCAAUAGGUUGUCUUCAGUCCCAACAGGCCCUUAACCAUGGCAGAUGGCUCGCCAUCAGGGGGUGACAACCAUGACUGUUGUCACGGGCCCGGCGGCCCUGGGGGGCCCGGCUGCCCGGGCCCCACGUGAAACGGCGGAACUGCUGCCGGUGUAUCUGCCUGAGCAUUUAGGGCCACCCGAUGAGCCCUAUAUCUUCAGGGGCCCGGUCAACGCUGUAAUAGCGCGACCGGGCCCCUUUAAAAAAAAUAAAAUAAAAUAGCAGCUACACCACAAAUGCUUCUGGGAGGAAGUGACAGUUGGGAAGUGACUCUGCGCAGGAAGCCUGAAGGCCGCGAGGAGAGGAGAGGCAGCCGACUCCCAUCGUCCCCAGACACCCUCUGGCAACGAAAAGGUAAGGAAGAGGAGGGUGGCUGAAAAAUGAGGUGUGUGUGUGUGUGUGUGUGUGUAUGUAUAUGUCAGUAUGUGUGUAUAUGCAUAUGUCUGUCUGUGUAUCUGUAUCUCCUUAUGCAUGUGUCUCUGUAUAUGUCUGUUUCAGUAUGUGUGUCUGUUGGUAUAUGUGUAUCUUUCUGUUUAUGUGUCUGUGUCCUUUUUUGUCUGUGUGUAUUCCUGUGGGUAGCAUUUGGAGGCCGGCCAUGGGGGCGGGCUUGUAGGUGGGUACCCGGGGGCCCAGACAUGGAGCUGUUAGGGGCCCCAAAAUUUCUGAUGGCGGCCCUGCUCGCCAGUACUGUCUUACAAAGGGAUAUACUUGGCCACUUGUCAUGAAAGAGUUAACCUACACCACUCUUCCAUUCAUCCUGGCCAACUGAGAGCAGAACAUGCAGGAAGAAUGGUUCCAGUGCUCUCUGCAGGAUACUAGUGUUGCACUCACGCUAUGCUGUUGGGAUAUUUCCCUGGUGUUCCCAAAAGCUGGACAUCAGAGAUUGAAGUCGAAUUAGAAUCGCAAAAUCUAGACUGUGCCACCAAAAUCAAAACAGUUGGAAGGCCUGGUAAAACUAUGCCCUAGUGUUUUCAGUGACCAGUCUAUUUCAUGUUCCUGCUGAAGUUCCCUCUGGGUUCACGUUUCCAACAUGGAAAGAUUAGAAAUUGGAGUGGGUGAACCACUGGUGCCAGUGAUGCAGUUUUUACCACUGGUACCACCAUAAAUGGGAAAAGUCAGGAAAAGGACAGGGCUGUCUAAAGAAGUGGCAUGUCAGGCUGGCUAUACUGACUGCUUCCCUGGUCGGCCCCUCUCAGAGCAGAACAUGCACAGAGUGACAAUUGACAAUAUACAUUGACAAUAUAGUCAACAAAACAACUUUAGCUUAAUGAAGCAGUUUUGGUAUAUAGAUCAUGACUCUGCAUUCUCACUGCUCAAUUCUCUGCCAUUUUAGGAGUUAAAGGGUAACCACAGGAGGAUAAUCCUUCCCUUCAUGCUCUUGAGAGUAAACAUAUGUUUUCAGAGAAAAUGCAGUGUUUACAUUAUAGCAUAGGGAUAGCCUCAAGGUCAACUUGGGGGCAGGUCCAUUCUCGACACCUAGGAUGCGAUCGGAAGAGACGCAAUCUCAGGAAAAAAUCAGGAGAUGGGACUUAAAGACUCUGAGUUGCACACAGGGACCAAUAUUCACUGGUUGCUGUUUAAACCAUAGCUUAAGGCUGUCCACAUUUUACAUCUUUUAUUUUCAACGUGACCAUAGGGAUGAUAUUGAAAUCUGACUCUAUUGCUUAGAAUGGUUGUACUCUAGCUUCCCGCACUAAUCACAGCACUUAUUGUCCUGCCAUUUACAGUGCUUGCGUUCAUGUGUUAAGUUUGUACGCGUCCACUCGGUUUUUGACCACUACAGCAGUAAUGCCGUAAAGCUCAAAUAGCAUUAAACAUAGCGCAGAUUAGGUUUCCUCCCUUUACCCUAGAAUAGUAGAGUAAUAAGUAGUAUGUGUUUUUUUUUUUUUUAUACUGCGCCUCAUAUAAUGACUUGGUUUUAUGCUCUGUAUGCAAAACUCCAAUAAAACACAAAUUGAGGGGGAGGGAAGGAAGAAAAUACAGGAAGUGGGGUACACCCAGGGCCAUUCUCUCCUUUCACCCAGUUGAUUGAAGGUUUUAGAUGUAAUAUAAAAAUCUGAAAGUCCCAGGACAACUGCAACAGAACCAACCCCUGCUUGGGGGUUGGAAGACUAAAAAUGAUUGGCAUUUAUAGUCCCAACAUAUCAAGGGAUAUUUGAAGGUGACAAAUGCUCUGCUUAAUCAAACUUACAAUAUUUAGGAGACUUAGAUCUCCAAAACUUCCUAAUAAACUAUAAUUUUAUCCCAAUAGCUACACUCCAUGAGAGGAUAAAGUCAGUGUGGAGGAUCUAUGGCUACUUACGCCUUCUCUUGCUCUUUCUGGCUUGGUAGAAAGAGAAGGUUAAAGAUUGGGUAACCAGCCUUAGUCCCACCACUGCUGCUCAUGUGCUGAGAAGAAAUAGGAUGUCCUAUGCAGAGUGCUUUUACAUAAACUGGGAUAAUGUACUGUAUAUAUUUUAUUUUUUUGUGGUUUUGGAAACAUCCAUCCAUCAAACAGCCCUAUCUGGAAGUAUGUAGUGAAUAAAUGAAGGAAGUUUUUAAGCAAUUUAGGACAAUGAGUAUUUGCAAAAUGUUCCUAGGUAUAGCUUCAUUAUUUCUGCAUUUUUAAUAGAAAGACUGACCUUGAAAACAUUUGUUCAUUGUGUGGCAAUUAUUAUGGAAUUGUGACUGAAUUUGAGCUAUUUUUCCUUCUUUCUCAGCGAUAACUCAGGAGAGGGUACCGGAAUGGGUGGAGUUUGUAGCCUUGUGGCUUCCCAGUGGCAAUGGCUUCCUUAACUGCUUUGUCUACUUCUGGAUCAACAAGAGUUUCCGUCACAAAUUCCGAAAACUGUGCCCUUGGUGCAGCGGCUGCAACAGUAAGAGAAGCAGAAAGACUGUACCCAAAAGAUGUACCCAUGAACAUUGGAUGA